GGCCUCACUCCUCAGCCCAACCCACUAGUCUCUAACCCUAGGUCAGGACUCAGGAGAUUGAAUCCUCUCCUCUCCUCGUCUCCUCUCCUCCUCGCACUCGCAGACAGACACAGACCGCACUCCGCAGUCGCACUCGCAGACCUCGCCCCUCGGCGGCUCGGUCCUCGGAAUCGCGAACUCGAAGCAAGCAGCAGCUCUCCUCGACACUCGACAGGCGGCGACUCGCCGCGCCGACUCCUCCUCCUCGGCAGACGGCAAGCGGCGACUCCACUCCUCCUCGGCAGGCGGCAGCUCAGCCCUCAGGGCUCGACCUCUCCAGUCCAGACCUCCGACUCCUCCGCGGCCCGCGCCGUUUCCCUGACAGCCCGACGCCGACGCCGUUUGCCCGACAGUCCUCCCCGGCGUCCCCGCCAUUGCCACGCCCACCAGCCACCGAGUCUCCUACACUCCAAGUCUCCAACAGGUCCGAGUCCGAAGUCCAGAAUCCAAACCCAAUCGACAUGACUGCCUCCACGAGUCGGAAACCGAGCAAACAGAAGAAUGUUGGUGGCGCCACCAACACCAAUACCGACAGUCAACAAAUUCCAGUUGAGGAAGUCCAUGUUUCGGAAAAGGAUUCAUCGGCCGGUGAUGCUCCCGUGGAGGUGGAGGGAGCUGCUGCCCGUCCCGGCUCUACUACAAAAAAAAAAUCUAAAACCAAAAAGAAAGGAAAUGAAGUCAAGAGCUGUGUGUUGGACUCAAUUCACAAAGUUCAAUGCCCCGGACGGUUACAAGAUGUCAAGGUGUAUGAAGUGUGGGAAGGAGUAUGA